GGGCGCCGCCGUGCCCGCGCCCGGCCGGAAGCGCCGCUCCGAGCCCUUCGUCCGCUCUGUGGUGAGGCGGCGCCGGAUGGCCACUGCCGGCAGAGCUACGGCCGCGGGGGUCCCGGCGCAGAGGCGGCGGAGGGCGCACGGCCAGGGUGAUCUUCAUAGAAACUACUAGAGACUUCAGAGAACUCAUUUUAGGCAAAAUAAGUGAAAUAAGUUGUUCUGAUAAAGUAAAAUGGAUCCUUGUUCAGUUGGAGUUCAGCUUCAAGCUACCAAUGAAUGUCAUAAGACCUAUUAUACCCGUCACACUGGCUUCAAGACUAAGCAAGAUAUAUCUUCGUCUGAUCUACUGUUACUUCAGCUUAGGACUGGAAUGUCCCUUUCAGAGAACAACACUAUCUGCUUCCAUCACGCAAAAAUUUAUAUUGAAAGAUUUGAAGACUUGCAAAAAUCAUGUUGUGAUCCCUUUAAUAUGCACAGAAAGCUAUCAAAGAAAAACUUGCGUGCAAUUGACUUAGAUGACGCAACUUUUCUAAGUGCCAAGUUUGGAAGACAGUUUGUACCUGGCUGGAAGCUUUGUCCUAAAUGCAUGCAGGUAAUAAAUGGAAGCGUGGAUGUCGAAUCUGAAGAGCGCCAGAGAAGAAAACUUGAUUCGGACGGGCGUACAGCUAAGGCUCUGAAGUCUCUUCAGUUUGCUAAUCCAGGGCGGCAGACUGAAUUCACUCCUGAGACCAGUAAGAGGGAAAAAAGAAGGCUGCAAUCAAAAAAUACAUCAUUUAAUUCAGACAGGCAAGUUAUACCAGCCAAGAGUAAGGUCUACGAUAGCCAGGGACUACUGCUUUACAGUGGGAUGGACCUCUGUGACUGUCUUGAUGAAGAUUGCCUGGGGUGUUUCUAUGCUUGCCCAAAGUGUGGUUCCAAUAAGUGUGGAGCUGAAUGUCGCUGUGACCGCAAGUGGCUAUAUGAGCAGAUUGAGAUUGAAGGAGGAGAAAUCAUUCGAAAUAAGCACGUUGGUUAGUGCAUAUGCUUUUUUUUUUUUAGCCUGCAUGUAUGAUGUUCCAUGCUUAAACACAUUAAUUUUUUUUAUGAAAUCCACUGGAAUUUAUCACGAUCUACAUGAUUAAUGUGCUUUCACAUUCAGUCCCAGUAUGAUUAUGAAAAUUUUCUUAAUCAUACUACUUGUUACUGCACUUCAUUCUACCUUGUACUGUCUUGUUAGUCAUCUAAGUUCUCAUUGAACAGUCUUGCACUAUAAUAAAAUAUAAAGGUGCUAUUUUCUUGUGACGUAUUAGCCACUCACCAUUACUUCCUAUACUGCUUUUGCCAUCUCCCUGUAUCCCUCAUUUUUCUGAAUUUCAUGGUUUGGAAUCGUUUUGUGAAACUCCCCUAUUUUAAGUUAUCAGCGAAGUUAUAUCCAGUAUUAAUAAAGCUCUCUCCAGUAUUAAUAGUGAAUACUACAUCUUCUAUAGUUUUAUCCCAGCUACAUCUGAAAGUCAGUCAUUUCCAUUUGACUUAAUUCAAAGGUAUUUAGAAGUACAGAUCCCAUCCGAGUUACUGGGAUCUGUGAUCAAGUUAUCCUUAUGAAUGUAAGAGCCUCACUGUUAAAGUGUUACUUUUCAAUGCCUUGACAGCUUAAUAUGUCAAAGUAUUUCAUUGUGGUACUGUUUAUUUCAAUUGUUACACAGAAACCAAUUUUGCUGUAUUUGUAAUCAGUCUAUAAUUGGACUGGACUGAUACUUCAACAGCCCUCUCCUCUUUUUUCUUUUUGCUUGUUUUUAAGGUAAAGGUUUACAUGCAGCUGAAAUGAAUUCAAGUAUCUGUUCCCAAACUAAGAAUAUCCAGACUGCUACAAAAAACAGUUGAAAUUUUUUGGUCCAUACAGCGUUUAUCCUCAGAAACCUUAAAUCUUGCAAAGUUACAAGAUGUAUGGAAGUGAAAUUUUGUAAUUGAAAUAUUAGUUGACAUUUAAUGUGUUACUCCCUGGUGUUUGUGUUACGUGCUGGAUGAACUUUAUACUUCUGUGACAGACUUGGAAGAUCUGCAUGUUUGUUGCAUCAGAUUUAUUCAAGAAUACUCUUAACUGUUGCUUUCUUAAGGCUUUUAUGUGGUAAAGUUACAUAAUCUUGCUAUUUGUUUAGAGUAUUUUAUUUUCUGCUAAGUGUCACAAAGGUUGUCACCCCAAAAUCCAAAGUUAUGCUUUGAGUUCUACUGACAUCUGCUGGUCCUAGUGAAGUAUUGUUUUGUACUGCAUUUGUUAGGUCUGCUUAGAAAAUAAAUAGACUUCCUUUUUUGAUCAGAACAAACAA